AUGUUCUCAUUUGAGUUUGCUGAAUCAAUCGAUUUUUGUUUAGUUUUUCAAGUCGUGGCAGUUUUAAAUGUGGCAUCCUUAUUUCGCGAAGGCAAUUCUGACUUAUGUGAAGUUUGUUACAAAUCGAAACCGGUAGUAUUUUUAAAACCUUGUUUACACCGAUUGUGUGCAACAUGUGCUUUCAAUGCGAGAAAUUUAUGUAAGGUUUCAUCAUGCGAAAAAUUAAUAAAAAAUUACGAAAAUAUUAAUGAUAACGGUUUAUGUUACUCUUGCAAAGAAGAAGCAUCUACAGUUACAAUAAAAUCUUGUUUUCAUAAAAUUGGCAAUACUUGUGCACAUUACCAAUUAAACACAAAAACAGAAAUAUGUCCACAAUGUAAAUUAACAGUUAGUGAUUUUUUUAGAUUAGAAGAAGUGAAAAAUUUUUGCCAAAACUGCAACGAUGAACUUUCUGUAAAAAAAUUGAAACAUUGUAACCAUUUUGUUGGACAAAAUUGUAUAAAUAAAAACAAAACUAGUAAGUGUCCAGUAAAAAAUUGUAAUCAAAUUCAAGAUCAUACUUUGGAAAAUGACAGUGAACAAACAUGCUGUAUUUGUCGAUUAGAAAAAACAUUGAGUGUAACAUUAAGUCCUUGUUAUCAUAAAAUAUGUAAUGAUUGUGCUAACGAGCUAUCACUAAAAAAUGGUACUAAAUGUCCUAUAUGCAGAGAACCAAUAUUACGUUAUAAAAAUAUAGAGUUAAUAGAAAGAUGUGCAUGCAAAGAAGAACUUCGACACGUUGUACUAAAACCUUGCCUUCACAGAAUAGGUAUAAUCUGUGCUGAUUAUAUUAGUAAUAAAAGUGAAUAUUAUCCAAAGUGUCCAAUAUGCCGCAUAAAAAUUGAAGAAUUCUGUAUCGAUGAUCCACACAUAAGUAAUGCAUUAAAUCCAUCAAAUUUAAGGCGUAUGAAAAAUGUGACAUCACAUUACUUGGGUAUAUACAAUUAAUUAGGUGUGCAUAGGUUUGAUGAUUAGUAAAAUAAAGAAGCUGUUUUAACCAGAAAAAAAUUAUAAAGGUUUCUUUUUAACAAUGUUUAUUGUAAUAUCAAUAAUU